UUGAGCGCAAUUCAGUCUGUUGCGCUGCCAAAGAUCUAUGUAUCCGCCAUGAUCAAGAGUAUUUUUCGAUACCUCGCCCGAAAACCGCCUCCCGUUCUCGACAGUCCUCUCUCCGCACUUGCUCUUCGAGUCAUCUGAACGAGGGCGCUCUACGCCAGUCACGAUGACCUGCCCAAUCCAUCUCUCCUUGUUGCUUCGUCAUCUCUGUUACAAGUUCGUUGUCACGAGUACAUCUCCGUUGCACUCGUGUCAACAUCAAUCGCGGCAUGAUCGCCAACUCGACAUUCCUCGGCCAUUCUGUUCAGCGCUCCAUCUUACUGAGCAUACGUUGGGCGCUAACCAACAUAUUUUGGUACUCAAGAUCUCUGAAUCGGCCAUGUCCAGGUACACCUUCGCGACUGCCUGGAGUUCGCCACCAACUGAGUACCGUUGCAUUCGUGUCAAACACAAUCAUGGCACAUUCACCAUCUUAUCGUCCCUCGAACAUCUAUCCCCCAAGCAAUUCAUCUCACCAGGCGCGCAUUCAAUACCAUCCAACAUUUUCCGCCACCAAAUAACCCAUGGGUCGACCAUGGCCAGGAGUUGUCCUCGACACGGUCUUUACUCACGACUGCCCACUCGAGCUAUGAACAUCGACUCUGCCCCGAUAUCUUUGACUUAUUCUCAAUCCUUAUUAUAGAAAAUAAUUAGCGAUAUUACACGUAAAAAUAAUGUGUCUAACUAAUCAAGAACAGGAGUCCGAGUGUUAUGCCCGUCCAUUUUAGAUAAGAUGAUAGAUCACGGUA